AAAAAAAAACUUGUGUAUAUUUUUCAGCUCGUAUAUUUCUUUAUGCUUAUUCAAGGUUCGUUAUAUUUCUUUGUUCCUGUGAACCUUUUUAUUGCGUAAAUUUUUCAAUUCUUCGGAUACAUAGGCUGAUUAUACCUACCUACCAAACAUGUUGCUACUAAAUGGCCCAUACAUGGAUGUUCCUUUUGUAUUCAAGGCAAAUAAGGUUGAUCCAUAUAAAGGUAUAACUAACCCAGAGAAGAUUUAUGUGAAGGCAAUGAAGAUUGAGCCAGUCACAAUAACCAGAUAUAUGUUUGAUGAUAUUAAGUUUUGCUAUCCACGGCCACAAACUAACUUUACAGGGUAUGGCAUUGAUCGUAGAUGUAAUCAUUUUUACAAAACAACAAGUUCGGACUAUGGAUUUUAUCCUCCAGAUAAGCACACAAUUCCGAGACGUUUCUAUUGUAAAAAAUCUGAACUUACUUCAACUCUUACGGACUUCUCUCCACACAUGGGCCUACAUUAUACACUUAACCUAUUAAAGAAACCUACACGUUUCAUUGUCAAGAAACCACAAAAGUAAUUAUCGGGAACUGAAAAAAUUUUACUUUAGUAAAAUGCAUAUUUUUAAU